GCCUGAAUCCCUAGGCUACAAAUGUUGUCAUCACCGCACCAGAUUCUCCAACCCUUUCUCCUCACGUCGCGCAAUGUCGUGUGCUGCAAUGAUUAUAAAUCAAAAGACGACAUCGUCCGCGAUGCUUGUCAAUUACCUGAUUACUCAAUCGCUCCGACGAGGGUCGUGACGCAGAUAUAAAGCCAAAGCUGGACCCCGCAGCAUGAGGAAGCUACCAUCAACCUUGGGAGCUAUCGAUCUACUCUAUCGUCCUUAUCGACUCGCUUAUCCAACUUCUACAACGUAGAGUUUCAUCUUCGAACAAGAGCACAAUGGCCGCCAAACCACUCGCUAUCAUCGCCGGCGUCGGUCCCGGAACCGGAGCAAGCGUCGCCCGCAAAUUUGCCGCAGCAUACUCCGUCGUUGUGAUUGCCCGCAACCCUGACAACUACAACCCGCUCGUCGAGGAGAUCAACACCUCCGGCGGCACUGCACUCGGGCUCAGCGCUGACCUGUCGGACUCGAGCGCCGUGAGUUCCGUAUUCGACAAGAUCAGCCAGCAAUUCAAGGACGCGCCGCUCGCGGCCGCGGUAUUCAACUCUGGUGGUGGCUUCGUGCGGAAGCCGUUCCUUGAGCUUACGGAGGAGGAGUUUACGAACGGGUUUCGGAGUCAAGGCCUCGGCGCCUUCAACUUCGCCAAACAAACCCUCCCCCUCCUCCAAAAGUCCACGGGCCAACUCCCCCACCCACCAACCCUAAUCUUCACUGGGGCAACAGCCAGUGUCCGGGGCUCCGCAAACUUCGCUCCCUUCGCAUCGGGAAAAUUUGCCCUGCGCGCUCUGGCUCAGUCUCUCGCCCGCGAGUUUGGGCCCAAGGGCGUGCAUAUCGCACAUGUUAUUAUCGACGGCGUGAUUGAUAUCCCGCGCACGAAGGAGUGGAAGUUUGAGCAUGAGGAUGCGAAGUUGGAUCCCGGAGCUAUUGCCGAUGCGUACUGGCAUCUCCAUACACAGCCGCGUACGACAUUUGGGUUUGAGCUGGAUCUGAGGCCUUAUGUUGAGAAGUGGUGAUCUAUUGGUAUUUAUAAGAGCAAGAUUCCGGGAAAUUGAGCUUCUCGUUGAAGGUGAACGAAUAAUGAGCAUGAUAUUGGAUACUACUUGGGUAGUUACUGCCAACAGAAUGAUGAGCCAUUGAUUGACUUGAGACUGACCGAGACCAAUUCAAUGCAUUUUAAGCACAAUUAAGUACGAGGCCCAUGGGCGUUGUAGAAUGUAAG